AUGAGUAAAAAUAAAAAAUCAACAAAAAAAUGUAGUGUACAAGAAAAUUGUAAAACUAAUAACAUACAAGAAGGUAAUUAAUGUUAUUUUUGUAAGUACAAUCAAUUAACUUUUAAUAAUGAUGUAAAUUGUGUGUUUUAGAUUCAUUUAGUAAAAAUAUGAAAGUUGAUAUAGGAAAUGAUUCUCCUCAACAUUCUUCUGAUUUACGCAUUUCUGGUUAUAGUACACCUAUUCGAAAAAGAGAUUAUGUAUAUGAUGUAGAAGAUUCUCCUGAAUUAGAUUAUAGAUGUAGUCCUGUUUCAAUGCUUUGUACUCAGGAUGGUGGUAAUGAAAUUGCUUGGGAUUGGCAGACAUCUGGUAAUAAAAGUUCUUAUGAUAAAUCAAAGACACCAAACAGUCAUAUUGAGACACCCAAGAGAACCAAACAAUUACAAAAGAAACGAAACCCAGAUUCUCCUUUAUUGCAAAAGCCACUUAAGAGGAAACAGGUAAAAAUGGAAAAUAUAGAAAAUAUUGGAAAGCUGACGGCAGAAUUAAGAGCUUUAAGUGAAAAGAUGAAAACUAUACAACAAAAUUGUAAUAACAAAGUUGAAAAUGAAGCUGAUAUAAAAGUUGAAAAUGAAGAUGAUACAAAAUUUGAAAGUAAAUUAAUAAUAGAAUUGGAUAGUGAUGGUAGCGAAGAUAUAGUAGUGGACUGUGUUGUUGAAAGUAAUAAACUAAAAUUAGAUUCUGCUUCUAUUAAUAAUUAUAAAAAAAAACCUACAAGUUAUGAAGAUUUAUUUGAUGAUUCAAUUGAUGAUUCAAUGGUAAAAUGUAGUCAAGAAAUUGAGAAAAAAUUGAACUUAUGUAAAGAUAAAAAAAAUGACACACUGGAAUUGUCUGAAGAAAAAAAAGAAUUGUCUCCAUCUAAGAAGGAGACUCAAUAUUUGACCAUAUCUGAUACGUCUACUGAAUGUUCUAAAAGUUCUAAAUCUUGCUUAACUAAUACAAAUGGUCAUUUAAAAACAUAUUCAAAUAAUUUGAAUAGAACAAAUGUUUCAGUCUGUAAUUCCAAGCUUACUAAGUGUAAUGUUAUAAAUGUAUCACACGGAAAGCAAACGUUGCAAGAUAAAAUGACGUCAGAUUUUCUAGAUGAUUCUUUUGACGACUGUUUGGCAACUUGUGUAGAAGAUGAUAAAUUAUUGUCUAAACUAUCAGAAUAUGAUUUUAGUCCUUCAAAGUCAUAUUCUAAUGUAAAUAAUUCUAAAAAGUCAUUGAAACUUAUUUCUGAUCCAAUAAUUAAUAGAAACAUACCAAAUAAUUCUCUUUCGAAACUAGUAACUCCUGAUGAAAUGUUUAUUAUAGAUGAUUUAGAAGAAGAAAUUGAGGUUAUAACUGACAAAAAGACAAUACAAAAAUCUUUUCCUAGUCAGAAUUCCUUAGAAAAUAGAAAAUUCUUUAAAACCAAAUGUUUAUCAGAUCAAUGUUUUUAUCAAUAUAAAAAUACCAAUAAAAAUAGUAAGACCAAUACAUCAAAAUUUGGUUCAAAUUUGGUUACUUCAACAGUAAGUACUACAUUUCCAAAAGAUCAGAAUCCAUAUAAAAGUAAUAAUGUUCCAUCGAUUAAUGGGGUGGGAAAUACACAUAAACUUAACAGAUUAGAUGGAAAGGAAGGCGGUAAUGGUAUUGUUAAACACAAAUCUGCUAGCAAUUUGUCUAGCAUAAAAGAAUCUCAAUCUGCACGGUGCAGUCCAGAAGAAAUAGAAAGAAAACGACUAGAAGCAAAGAUGAGACUCGAAGCAAAGCGAAAAUUACAACAAACAAAUACAAGGUCAACUGAUAUUGUGUCAGAAAGUUCAGAGAGAAAGUCUGUGAAAAGAUAA